CCCCCCUCCCUCCUCCUCCCCCCUCCCCUACCCCCACCCCCUCGCGCAGGCCGCGAUGGACGCCUGCGGCAGGGAGCCCGAGGGCCCCAACUUCGCCUUCACGACGGCCCCCACGUGCGGGGCCUACGCGAGAGACCCGGAUUCAAGCCUGAGCUCGCCUGGAUCGGCCGCCCAGGAGGGGUUCAGGGAGGGCGGCGGGGAGUGGAGCCCACAGACAGGCGCCGUGGGCUCGGCGGGGUCGCCUGGGGCCCGGGUGGAGGGCGCGGGGCUGUGCGUGGUGUGCGGUGAUCGCGCCACGGGCUUCCACUACAACGCCUUCACGUGCGAAGGGUGCAAGGGCUUCUUCCGCCGGGCGAUGGUGCGCUCCACGGUGCAGGCCUGUCGCCUGGGCGGGCGCUGCCACAUGGACACGUACAUGCGGCGACAAUGCCAAGGGUGCCGCUACCGCAAGUGCCUGCAGGCCGGCAUGCAGGCGCAGGGCAUGGUGAUGGAGGUGAGCAGCAGUCGAGCGAAGCGGGCGCGGAAGCACUGCCCCAAGAGGUCACCCACGGCGGCGGCGGCGGAGGGCAGCCGGGGGGACGGACUGUCCCAGGAGCAGCGGCAGAUGGUGGAGAGGAUCGUGGCGGCGCAUCGCAAGUACUCCAUCGCGCCAGAGGCCAUCCACAAGUUUAUGUCGGAGGCGGUGAUGUCGUCGGACAGCCACGAGAACUUUGCGCGCAUGAGGGACAUCAUGACGGACCACAUGCGAGCGCUGGUCUCCUUCGCCAAGACCAUCCCUGGCUUUGCGGAGCAGCACGAGGAGGACCAGAUAGCGCUGCUCAAGGGCUCCGCUAUCGAGGCCAUGAUGAUCCGCUCGGCCCUCUUCUACAACGGGAAGCAGCCCCACGCAGACCCCCGCACCUUCCUGCCCGAGAACAUCACCAAAUUCGACAUCGAUGCGGAGCGUGUCGAGCCGAUGUUCGACUUCUUCCGCAGCAUGGGGGUGCUGGACGUGACGGAGACGGAGUACGCCUUGCUCACCGCCGCCGUCAUCAUGUCCCCUGACCGCCCCUGGGUGCGUGACUACGCCGGGGUGGAGCGGGCGCUGGAACCCAUCGUGGCGCUGCUGCUGCUGCACGGUGGUGGCGGCGGCGGUGGCGGCAGUCGCUUUGCCCGCCUGGUGUCGCGACUCACCGUGCUGCGCUCACUCAACCACAACCACGAGGAGGUGCUGGCAGCGUGGAGGCGCAAGUUUCACCACCAGCUCACGCCCCUCCUGCACGAGCUGUGGGACUGCUGAGUCAGCACCCACGGGGUGUGAGGGGGUGACGCAAGGGGUGAGCGAGAGGGGGUGAGGUGGUGAGAGUGAGUGGGGGUGAGUG